UCCACCGCCCGUAAAACCAGAGACUCAUCCGAAGCCAGGCCAGGCCAGACGCACGGACGCGCAGACAGACUCCUCGGCGGAACAGACGGACAGACGGACAGGAUGCACGGCUGCACGAGGCUGGUGAAGCGGGCGGGGAACGUGACAGGGGCGGAGCUGGGCUGUGCCGUGCGGGAGGAGAACCGGGCGCAGAGGGAGAGCUACCGCGCGGACUGGCACAGCGUGGGCCUCAGCACGCAUCCUCAAGAGUGGCAGACAGUGAAGGACGCAGACGACUGUCGCCAUGAGUCCUUUUCCCGGCAGUGGGAGGCGAGGCAGCUGGCACAGGCCUGCCCCUCCGGGGUGAUUCGGCUGGGUAUUCUGGAGCAAGGGGUGAGGGAGCACCAGCAGCUGCCCUACAGGAGAACCCUACCCCUGCCUAUCUUCACCCCCACCGAGCUGGGCGUCAGGCUGGGCCGGGGGGCGCCUCAUGUCCUGGAGGACCUCCGGCCCUUGCCCGCCCUGGACGGAGCCUGCCCCUCCAAGAGAGACGUGUGCGACAUCACCAAGGACCUCCCACCUGUCAAACCAAUCAGGAUGGAAUUUGCCAAAGCGCCGAGGUCCCUGGGACGGUCUAUGUCACAGGAGGCCCAGAGGGGGUGAGAGAGGGAGAGAGAGAGAGAGAGAGAGAGAAAGAAAGAAAGAGGAAGAGAGAGAGUGAGAGAGAAAGGGAUGACACAGAGAGAAAAGAGAGGGUGAUAGGAAGAGUGAAGAAUACGCUGUUGUCAAGAGAAGGAAUUAGCAGGAAGUUGGAAGGACACCUAGCCUCCAGUUUGGAGAACGCAUACAUUUGUAUAUAUUUGUGCUGCAUUAAUCACUUUCUUCUACAUAUCCAUCCAUUCUGUAACUGCCUGAUAACAUUGCUUCGUGCAGCACCUACAGUGUGGCCAACAGACAAGCAAAACAGGGUGCUUUCAUGGUAGAUGGAUGAGAAUAUACCCCUGUAAAUGAUUUGUGGCCGAUUGCAUUUUUGGUCUAUUGUUACAGCUGUGCAGUGAGCCUGAUAGAAUGCAGACUUCAGUCUGAAGUUACACUCAGUCUGCUAUAUCCUCACAUUGCAUGUCAAUCAUUCUCUGGCUGUGGUCUUUUAUAAGACCUUGGUUUAACAAAAAGCAGGAAUGCCCUAAGCCAUUGCAUGCAGGUCGCAGAGAAAAAAAUAGUAGAUGUAUUGUACUGGAUCGUAGAUAUGCUACUGCUAAGUGUGAAAGCACAGACCAGACGAAUGGAGAGAGCAAUGUUUUGGUGGAGAUUUGAGGGUUUAUCGUAACUCGGAAGGGUAGACGCAACCAGACAUAGUUGCUGAGAUAGACCUGUAGUAGUGGCCAAGCCAGCCCUUCGAAUGUCCUUCACUACAGCUGGAAUGAGCUUUGCAGGCCUACAUGUGCCAAGAUCACGGAGGAGAGGUGAGUGCUCUUAAAGAGCAACAGGAAGGGUACUGGCCCUGGUCCCAGCCUGAAGCUUCACUGCCAUACCGAGCUGUUCAAUGGGGAGGUGUCACAGCUGAAUAACCCACUGUAUUAGGAAGGCAUUUUCAAUGUUGUGAUUAAAACACUCACAAUGGCUCUGGUUUAAUUCACUUUAUAACUUUUAGUUUUUGUAUAACUUGUUUUUUUUUUUAGUUAAAUUUUUUGAAGUUUGAAGAUUUAAUGAGAGGACUAACCAUGUAACUACUGAUUUGUACUUGUUUUCCCUGUAUAGAAUUGAUGUGGUUGUAAUGGAGAGUGAUCGAUUUAUUUUUCUACAAUAAAGUGUACCCGCACACA